GGCACCAGCUCCAAUCCUGCCCCAGGGCAGGGGGCUGGUGGGCUGUGGGGGGAAUGGGACAUGGGGCCCUUCCCCCCCAGGACCCCAGAUCUGUAUCGUGCUUCCCCCACAGCCGGCGCGUUCCCUGUCUCCACCGACCCCUCCCCGGUGACGGCGCUCCUGGGCUCCGACGUGCUCCUGAAAUGCAGCUUCCCCGCAGCCCCGCGCGGUGGGGCGAGGGACGAGACGCUGCUGGUCCGCUGGUACUUCCAGGAGAGGCAAGUGGCUGAGUUGGACGGCAUCCCCAUCACCACCCGGGCGGGCGCCAUCCUUUUCUCCCAGCAGCAGGGCCACGCCCAGGCCUCGCUGCUCCUGCCCGGCGUCACGCUGGCCGACCAGGGCCACUACCGCUGCUCCGUCCACUAUGCCGGGCAGCACGGGGAGGGGACGGUCCAGGUGCAAGUUGCAGCGCUGCCGUGGGUCGAGGUGCCCAGCCCCGUGGUGCAGAGGGACGAGGACAGCGCCCUGGUGUGCUGCGUGCGGGGGUUUUACCCCCAGCACAUCGCAGUGUCCUGGCUCCAGAACGGGCAGGAGCUAAACGCCUCCUUCAUCUCUGCCGCGCGCCGGGGGCACCGGGACGGGACCUUCAGCCUGGUGACCGUCUACAGAUUCACCCCCACGGAGCGGGAUCUGGGGGCGCUGUUCUCCUGCCGGGCACGGCACCCCCUGCUGAACCAGUCCCGCCAGGCCGACUUCUGGAUCUCCUUCAGGGCUGGCGGGCUGGAGAUGGGGCUCAGGGUCCUGCUGUGGGUGCUGCGAGCGUCACUGCUGCUGGCCAUGGCCAUGGGGGGCUGGCUCUACUGCGACACCAGCAGCCGGCCGAGGAAGAUGGUGGAGCAGGUGAUGGAGCAGGUGACGGAGCGGAUCUGGGACCCCCUGCGUCAGAGGUUCCAGCAGGCUCGGGAGGCGAUCUCCUCAUGGAGCAGAUAG